AUGCCUUCCCCACAACGAGUAGUCCUGUUUACCAUUCUGAUGGGCGGAGCCCUAGCCACCGGCCCACCAACCUCCAAGAACUGUUUAAAAGUUUGCGAGUCAGUCAGCAAAUUGUACCCUUCCGAAAUUGUAUUCCCCUCUUCACCCGGCUUCCAGACCGUUCAGCAAUCUUACUGGAACUUGUUCCAACGUGAGGCUGCACCGUCUUGCUUUUUCCAACCUACAACGAGCGAGCACGUCUCGAAAGCUAUAACCGAGGUGGUCCAGGGAGAUUGCCAUUUUUCUACCAAGGGUGGCGGCCACUCUUCCAAUGUUGGAGCCUCCAGCAUCACCGGUGGCUUUCAGUUCGACCUCGCCAAGCUGAGAGAAUUCAAAAUCUCAGACGACAAGAAAUCCGUGACUGUGGGCCCAGGAUGGCGCUGGGGUGAAUUGCUCCAGCAGCUAGAGCCACUCGGAGUCAUCGUGGUUGGGGGCAGGGAUGCCGGUGUCGGUGUUCCUGGCUUCGUGUUUGGUGACAUUGUGCUUGCGGAUGGCUCUCUUGUGACUGCCAACCAAACGUCUCAUCCUGAUCUUUUCAAGGCCUUGCUGGGAGGCGGUGCACACAACUUUGGCAUCGCCACAGCCCUCACGCUUGAACUACAUCCUUAUGACGGAAUGUGGGGCGGUUAUGUUCUCCAAAAGGGCGACCAGAUCGAUCAAGUCUUUCCAGCCUAUGACAAGUUCUUCAAUAAGCUGCAGAAAGAUCAAAAAGGCCAUAUGAUCUUAGAUAUCACCCGAGUCAAUGGAUCAAUUGCAGCUGUUGAGUUCAUCGGCUAUCCGGAGCCAGUCGAGAAUCCCCCUCUAUAUGAUAGCAUUUAUGCUCUUUCAAGUUCUGCUAAUACGCUCCGUUUGGCUAAUUAUACCGACCUUGCAGCGGAAAUGGCCGUGGUAACAAACUCAAGGGGCCUACGUAACACAUACAGGACCUUGACCAUUGAGUAUGAUGCUGAGCUACUCAGAAAGAUCUUUGACACCUGGGCCGAGAUCACCGAACCUCAUGCUGAGGUAAUUACUGCAACCUUGGAUUUCAAUGUCAUCACCAGUCAGAUGAGGAACAGGUCAUCUCGUACUAUCAAAAACACAUACGGUCUCGGAGGGUCUACCAACCAGCUGAUUAUCGUCAUGUUCUCGUUGUCUUGGGAAGAUGGCGCACAAGACACGACCAGCCAUCGCUUAGUACAAGAUUUGGGAAAUACUGUCGAAAGCCUUGCCCACCAAGUUGGAAAAUUGAAGCGCUUCAGGUAUAUGAACUAUGCUCGCAUAGAACAAGAUGUUAUUGGGAGCUUUGGAAACAGUAACAAAAGGUUACUGAAGCAUGUCGCAAGAACCUAUGACCCUCACGGUGUGUUUCAAUGGUUGCAACCAGGAGGCUUCAAGCUUGAUGGUCAGAAAAGCUAG